AAUCGAGCUUGAACGCGGACUACCACCGCACCCUCCGUUCCACCACCAACGCCCAACACCAUGAUUCCCGCGAAGCGUGUUGCAGCUCUCUCAAGCGUGGCACGGGCCCCCGCUGUCGCUCUCCCCGCACGUGCUUACUCCAAGACACUCUCGGCCCGGCCCGUACCCCGCACUCUGCCACCGCGAUCGACCCCGGGCAUUUCUCAGUCUCAUCGAGGGAACGUGCUUGUGCAGCGCCGAGGGUUCGCAUCAGAAACCAGUGCGUGUGCUCUCUCCUUCCUUCCCCUCUCUCCACUCUCCGGACGUCAUGGCUGGAACCGAGUACCCCAGAACCCGGCGCGCGCCGGCCGCACUUCGACAAGAUCCUCAUCGCGAAUCGCGGCGAGAUCGCGUGCCGCGUCAUCCGGACCGCGCGCAAGCUGGGCAUCAAGACGGUUGCGGUGUACAGUGACGUCGACGCCGACUCACUCCAUGUCAAACUGGCGGACGAGGCGUUCUGCAUCGGACCGGCGCCGUCAGCCGACAGCUACCUCCGGAUGGACAAAAUCAUCGACGUAUGUCGCAGAAGUGGUGCUCAGGCCGUUCAUCCUGGCUACGGCUUUUUGAGUGAAAAUGCGCAAUUUUCCGAUGAGCUUGCGAAAGCAGGUAUCGUGUUCAUCGGUCCACCAGCUCAGGCGAUCAUCAGUAUGGGCUCUAAAAGUGAAUCGAAGAAUAUUAUGUCUGCUGCCGGUGUUCCGUGCGUUCCCGGAUAUCACGGGGAUAAACAAGACCCGCAAUUUCUGUUCGAGCAGGCCCAGCAAAUCGGCUUCCCGAUCCUCAUCAAAGCGAUCCACGGCGGCGGAGGGAAGGGCAUGCGGACGGUCACCGAGCCCACUUUCGCCGCGUUCCAGGAGGGCCUGUCCUCAGCCCAGCGAGAAUCGUCGAAAGCCUUUGGCAACGAUACCGUGCUGAUCGAAAAAUUCAUCGAGCGCCCGAGACAUGUCGAGGUGCAGGUCUUCGCGGACACUCUGGGCGGUGUAGUCAGCUUGUGGGAGCGCGACUGCUCGGUUCAGAGACGCAAUCAGAAGAUCAUCGAAGAGGCGCCUGCUCCAGGGCUGAGCGCUGAGCUUCGUGCGGAUCUCAGUGCGAAAGCGAUCGCUGCAGCGAGGGCCGUGGAUUACGUCGGUGCCGGAACAGUCGAGUUUAUCUUCGACAACGACACGGGGAAAUUCUACUUUAUGGAGAUGAACACUCGUUUGCAAGUCGAACAUCCAGUGACUGAGAUGGUAACUGGGCUGGAUCUGGUUGAAUGGCAACUUGAAGUUGCGGCGGGGAACCCUCUCCCACUGGCCCAGUCUUCCAUCCCUUUAGUCGGACAUGCCUUCGAGGCCCGGAUCUACGCCGAAAACCCACGAAACAACUUCCUCCCCGACUCUGGCACUUUGCUGCAUCUCUCGACGCCCGCGCCCACGCAUAUAUUCGCGACGCCGUUCUCCCCGAUGACGUCCGAUCUCGAGCUGAUCCCGUCAGCAUCAUCUGACGCGCUGAUGGCCGUCGAGCCUGCGGUGCGAUUGGAGCAAGGGUUUGGCCAGGGUGCGCAGAUCGGCGUGUUCUACGACCCGAUGAUAGCCAAACUUGUUGUACACGGCCGCGAUCGCACCGAGGCGCUGCGGCUGCUGAGGAAGGCCCUGGAGGAGUAUCACGUGGUUGGCGUGUCAACCAAUGUUGAGUUUCUCCGGACUUUGGCGGGGAAUCGAGCUUUCAUCGACGAGGAGGUUGAGACUGGGUUCAUUUCCAAACACUUUGAUGAACUGUUCCCUCGUGUUGUCCAGCCUUCGCCCGAGCUGCUGGCUCAGACGGCGCUGUUUAUUGCAUUGAGAGACCAGCCUCUGCAGACCCCAUCACCCUGGUCGUCGCUUGUCUCUCGGCGGUUCUGGGGCGACGUUUACGAGCGGACAAUCACCUUCCAACAAGACGAAACCACGAUGACGGUGGCCGUCAGAUCUACAUCGAAGGGCACCUUUGAUAUCGACGUUCGCAUAGGUGAUACCGCGACGGAGUUCCACUCUGUCUCUGGGGAGCUGCUGUCUGCGACCACCCUGCUUUCGACUGUCAACGGACAGCGGUCGCGUGCGACUGUUGUUUCGCAGCCACCGCCGCCGGGAUUACCCGCUUCUGGGGCGUCCAACACAACUGAGCGGAUCCACAUCUUCUCGGAUGGAUGUAAGACGACGCUGAGCAUCCCAUCGCCGAAAUGGCUUCUGUCGCUGAGCGAGGACGUGCUGGGUGCGGCGAAAGGCGCGCUGCGGGCGCCGAUGCCGAGUCUGGUUGUGGAGGUGCGCGUGAAGGUCGGUGAUCGGGUCGAGAAGGGCCAAGCGGUGGUUGUUUUGGAGAGUAUGAAGACGGAGACGGUGUUGAGGGCCGAUUUCGCCGGUGUGGUGAAGGCCGUCGGGUGUAAGAAUGGCGAGAUGGUUAAGGAAGGCCGGGAAUUAGUUGACGUUGAGCAGGAGGCGGAGGGGGGCUCGGCUUGACCUGUGUUGUUGUUUGCUUAGCUGUGUGUCUGUAAUAUGCAAAUGCUCCUGUGCCACUAACGCAUAUGCUCUGAUGCAAGAAAGCCUAGGACGUGUGGAUCAGGUGGGAUCGGCAGUUUCUUGGUCCCGUGCUGUGGAUGGCAACGCCGCGUGGGGCGCUGGCGUACAAACCGAGCGACGCCGCAUUCGUAGCCUCACCUGAGCGACAGACAACGCGCAAAUGACACCCGCUUGGUCAGACUGACCAAGUCGGCCGGCCGAACGUCGGGAUAGGAAGGCGACUGGUUCGGGGACGUCUCGGUCGGU